AUGUUGCAUAUGGAGGGAGCCACUGAAAGUGAGACCCUUCCCGCUAAGGAGAAGCCUUCUGAAGUAGGGGCCCGCCGAAAUGACUGCAUCAUCUGCUAUUCCUCCUAUGACCUGGCCGGCCGCCUUCCACGCCGUCUCUACUGUGGCCACACCUUCUGCCAGGCUUGUGUCCGACGACUAGACACACCCGCUCACGAACAGCGAUGGAUCCCCUGCCCUCAAUGCCGCCAGAGCACGCCCACGCCAAGGGGUGGUGUGGCCAUGCUGGACCUCGAUCUGGCUGCCUUCUUGGCUGUGAAGGCAGAGCGGGAGCUUCCCCGGGGAGAGCCCUGGUCCCCCACUCCCCACAAAGGCAGCCCUCCCAAGCCCGGCUCGGUGAUCACCCAGCAACCAGGCAGCCACUGCCCAGCUCUGGGCCCUCAGCCCAGCUUCCCUCAACAGGGUUGCUGUUGGGGCUGCUGCCUAUGCUGUGAGCCUGAGGGCACCCCUGAAGUCUAA